CUUGUACGAGAGAGAAAAGGCAGCUAGGAAAGGGAGGUCGAAAGGGAGGUCUUAGUUCAGUUCAGGAAGGGGCUGUUUUUGCAGCCUUCUGCGCUUCCGCCUUCGCCUGUUUCUUUGCCGUCGGGUUGUCAGAGCGCUUCCUGCGCUUGGCCUGGUUCGGGGGCUUGAGCUUCAGGUUCCGGUCUGUGGAAAGCUUCAGCUUCGGGUAGUCCGUGGUCUCCGAGAAGAGUCGGUUCCAGUCCUUCGCCUCCCUGUCGGAGGCUGUUCGGGAGGCACGAUUAUCUUCGCGCCCGCUCGGGGUGCUCCCCUUGUCGUUGCCGUCGCAGCUGAGGGUCUCGGCGUCACUGUCACAGCUGAGAGAUGGACACACAUCGACCCGCGAAGGGCCCAGCUUUGCCUCUCCCGCAGGAGCCCGACUUGAAGAAGGAGGGUCUACCUCUGCAGUUAGACGACGUGCUCAACCCGCCGACUGGCCUCGUCCUGGGUGCGGCCGGGGUGUACCUGGCGACGUUUCUAGGCCUGCGGCGCGCCAGCGCCCAGCUGCGCGCCCGCCCCCUGGUGCUGCAGCUGGCCGCCUGCGCCCCCGCCGGGGCG